CCAGGCCCUCCCCUGCGCGCUGCGUUCCGGCUCCUCCCUCUCCCGCCUCCUGGUCCCCGCCAUGGUGCUGGAGUCGGUGGUCGCUGACUUGCUGAACCGCUUCCUAGGGGACUACGUGGAGAACCUGAACAAGUCCCAGCUAAAGCUGGGGAUCUGGGGCGGUAAUGUGGCUUUAGAUAAUCUGCAGAUAAAAGAAAAUGCUCUGAGUGAAUUGGAUGUUCCUUUCAAAGUCAAGGCUGGCCAAAUUGAUAAAUUAACUUUGAAGAUUCCUUGGAAAAACCUUUAUGGAGAAGCAGUUGUUGCCACCCUAGAAGGAUUAUACCUGCUUGUGGUCCCUGGAGCAAGUAUUAAGUAUGAUGCUGAGAAAGAAGAAAAAUCCUUGCAGGAUAUUAAACAGAAAGAACUUUGCAGAAUUGAAGAAGCGCUUCAAAAAGCAGCAGAGAAAGAUAAGCCCAAAGAAGCAAAAAAGGAUACAUUUCUGGAAAAACUGGCAACUCAAGUAAUAAAAAAUGUUCAAGUGAAAAUUACAGACAUUCACAUUAAAUAUGAAGAUGAUGUCACGGAUCCAGAAAGGCCGCUUUCGUUUGGUGUCACCCUGAGAGAAUUUAGUCUCUUGACAACUAAUGAACACUGGACUCCAUGCAUUUUAAAUGAAGCAGAAAAAAUCAUAUACAAGCUCGUGAAGCUUGACAGUCUAAGUGCCUAUUGGAACGUUGGAUGCUGCAUGUCUUACCGUGGAUCGAGGGAGCACAUCUUGGAUCAACUGAAAUGUGAAAUUCUUACAAGUGCAAACAUCCCCCCAGACCAUCAAUACAUUUUCCAACCAAUAUCAGCCUCUGCAAAACUCUACAUGAAUCCUGGUGCAGAAUCAGAGCUCAAAACACCCAAACUUGAUGGGAAUGUGGAAGUACAGAAUAUUUCCAUUGAGCUGACGAAGCCUCAGUAUUUAAGUAUGAUUGACUUUUUGGAGUCUCUGGAUUAUAUGGUUAGAAAUGCGCCGUACAGGAAGUACAAACCUUGCUUACCACUUCACACCAACUGUCGGCAAUGGUGGAAAUAUGCUAUUGAUUCUGUUCUUGAAGUCCAUAUAAGAAGAUACACUCAGCCGUGGUCAUGGAGUAACAUAAAAAACCACAGGCAGUUACUCAAGAGUUACAAAAUGGCCUACAAAACCAAGUUAACACAAACCAAAGUCUCAGAAGAAAUACAGAAACAAAUUCAGGACUUGGAGAAGAGUCUAGAUGUUUUUAACAUAAUUUUAGUGAGACAACAAGCACAAGUUGAGGUCAUUCAUUCUGGGCAGAAAUUAAGGAAAAAGUCUGCAGAGGCAGGAGAGAAACGUGGCUGGUUUAGCGGGUUUUGGGGAAAGAAGGAAUCUAAGAAGAGAGAUGAAGAAUCAUCAGUCCCUGAGACCAUUGAUGACCUUAUGACACCAGAGGAAAAAGACAAGCUCUUCACUGCCAUUGGGUACAGUGAGAACACCUACAACUUUGCUUUGCCCAAGCAGUAUGUGGCCCAUAUACUGACUCUGAAGUUGGUGAGCACCUCUAUUGUAAUAAGAGAAAACAGGAAUGUUCCAGAAAUCUUGAGAAUCCAGAUAAUUGGCUUGGGUACUCAAGUAUCCCAGCGACCAGGAGCACAAGCAUUGAAGAUAGAAGCAAAAUUAGAACACUGGUACGUCACAGGCUUGCGACAACAAGACAUUGUGCCUUCACUGGUGGCUUCCAUUGGUGACACGACAUCAUCCUUGCUCAAAAUUGAGUUUGAAACCAACCCUGAGAACAGUCCUGCUGACCAGACUCUGAUCGUUCAGUCUCAGCCUGUGGAGGUCAUCUAUGAUGCUAAAACUAUCAAUGCUGUUGUUGAAUUCUUUCAGUCAAAUAAGGGUUUGGAUCUUGAGCAAAUUACAUCGGCAACAUUGAUGAAACUGGAAGAGAUUAAAGAGAGAACAGCUACAGGACUUACGCAUAUCAUUGAGACUCGGAAAGUUCUUGAUUUAAGGAUAAAUCUGAAGCCUUCUUAUCUAAUAAUUCCACAGACAGGUUUUCACCAUGAAAAGUCCAAUCUUCUUAUUUUAGAUUUUGGUACUUUUCAGCUCAACAGUAAAGACCAAGGUUCACAGAGGACGACUAAUUCAUCCCUUGAAGAAAUAAUAGACAAGGCAUAUGACAAGUUUGAUGUGGAAAUAAAGAGUGUGCAGUUGCUCUUUGCAAAAGCAGAGGAAAAUUGGAAAAAGUGUAGAUUCCAGCAUCCAUCAACCAUGCAUAUACUGCAGCCAAUGGAUAUUCAUGUUGAGUUGGCCAAGGCAAUGGUGGAGAAGGAUGUUAGAAUGGCCAAAUUUAAAGUAUCAGGAGGACUGCCUUUGAUGCAUGUGAGAAUUUCCGACCAGAAGAUAAAAGACUCGCUGUGUUUGAUUAACAGUAUACCCUUGCCACAGAAGUCAUCCACACAGUCUCCAGAGAGACAGGUAGCCUCCAUUCCUGUUCGCUCAGGCGGGACAAAAAGUCUUCUUGGGACUUCACUGUUGCUGGAUGGAAUGGAAUCAGAGUCUGAUGAGGAGUACUUUGAUGCUGAGGAUGGAGACGCGCAGGCUGCUAGAACUGUAAAAGCCUCAGAGCUGAAAAAAGCUUCUGAGGUUCCAAAUGAGGAGCUGGUUAGUCUCCUGCUAAAGUUUGAGAUUAGAGAGGUGAUUUUGGAGCUCACUAAACAACAGAAAGAAGAAGAGACAAUUUUAGUAUUUAAUGUCACUCAGUUAGGGACAGAAGCAACAAUGAGGACAUUUGACCUGACUGCAGUGUCCUAUUUGAGGAAAAUCAGCUUGGAUUACCAUGACAUUAAAGGAUCCAGAAAGAAGCCAGUUCACUUGAUUAGCUCUUCAGACAGACCUGGAUUAGAUCUUUUAAAAGUCGAGUACAUUAAGGUUGAUAGAAAUGGGCCUAGUUUUCAAACUACUUUUGAAAAAACUGAACAAACUGUUAAGGUGGCCUUUUCAUCUUUGAAUCUGUUGCUACAAACACAAGCUCUUCUGUCUUCCCUUAACUACUUGGCAACUGUCAUCCCAUCAGACAGUCAGAACACAGGUGUGGUCAAGGAGGUGCAGACCACAACUGAGAAACAAAAGAACUCUCCGCUGCAGAAAGUGAUGGUGCCCUCCAAAGAUAGUGAUGUGAUUGGCUUCAGGCUGUUUGCCAAACUGAAUGCUUUCUGUGUCACUGUCUGUGAUGAGAAGAACAAUAUUGCUGAAAUCAAGAUACAAGGCCUCGAUUCUUCCCUUUCUCUUCAGUCAAAGAAGCAGUCACUUUUUGCCAGGCUGGAAAACAUUAUUGUCACAGAUGUCGAUCCUAAAACAGUUCAUAAGAAAGCUGUAUCCAUAGUUGGAAAUGAAGUUUUUCGCUUUAACCUGGAUUUGUAUCCGGAUGCUACUGAAGGGGACUCCUACACUGACAUGUCCACUGUGGAUGGCAUGGUGGCACUGCACGUCGGCUGUAUCCAGAUUGUCUAUCUUCAUAAAUUCCUUAUGUCACUGCUGAGCUUCCUGAACAAUUUCCAGGUGGCCAAAGAGGCGCUGAGCGCAGCCACUGCCCAGGCUGCAGAAAAGGCAGCCACGAGUGUGAAGGACCUUGCCCAGAGGAGCUUCCGUCUUUCUGUCGAUAUUGAUUUGAAAGCACCAGUCAUUGUCAUUCCUCAGUCCUCCCUCUCCACCAACGCUGUCGUGGUAGAUCUUGGCCUAAUUAGAGUUCACAAUCAGUUCAGUCUGGUGUCUGGGGAAGAUGCCGUAAAUCCUCCAGUGAUCGACAAGAUGGAGGUGCAGCUUACGAAACUGAAACUCUCUAGGACAUCAAUCCAGCCAGGUGCAUCCCAUCCUGAUAUUCAGCUGUUGUACCCAAUUAACUUGGAGUUUUUUGUAAAUCGGAAUCUAGCUGCAAAUUGGUACCAUAAGGUGCCUGUUGUAGAAAUUAAAGGGCGUCUUGAUUCAAUGAAUGUUAGUUUAAAUCAAGAGGAUCUUAAUCUUCUGUUUAGAAUACUGGCAGAAAAUCUUGGUGAGGCCACUGAAGACUUGGAUAAAGGGAAAUCUAGAAUACAAGAGAUAGGCGAAACUACAGCAUGCCGAGAAGUCUCUACACCGCAGGAUGUACACACCACCCAAGGUGUGCCAGCAACCAGAGUGGAAGAGACCAGACCCGUAGACAUCAUUAAUGUACUGUUAAACUUUGAAAUUAAAGAGGUUGUGGUUACUUUGAUGAAGAAAGCAGAAAAGAAAGGAAGCCCCUUACAUGAACUGAAGAUCCUGCAUCUUGGGAUGGAGGCUAAAGUAAAAGCUCAUGACAUGACUGCUGAAGCAUACCUCCGAAAAAUUACUAUGCGGUGUUUUAGCUUCCCUGAUUCUAAAGGUGAGCCUCUGCACAUUGUCAACACCUCUGAUGUGUCUGAUGGAACCCUCCUGAAAAUGCUGUUCAUCAAGGCAGACAGUGAUGGACCAGACUUUAAGACCAUUCAUGAUAACACCAAACAGAAGCUGAAGGUUUCAUUUUCAUCCUUGGACUUGGUGCUUCAUUUGGAAGCUCUACUUUCCCUCAUGGAUUUUAUGUCAUCUGCUGUUCCAUCCUCUGACUCUUCUUCCUCUGAGAAGGAAUCUGAGCGAAAGCCACUUGUGGGGGAAUCCAGAAGUCUUGCCAUCAAAGCCGUACCCAGCUCUAAUGAGGGGGACAUGUUUGAUUUGAAGGUCACAGCUGAAUUAAAUGCCUUUAACAUCUUCAUUUGUGAUCAGAAGAGUCACAUAGCAGAAAUUAAAAUACAUGGAAUGGAUGCCUCUAUUUCUGUGAAGCCAAAGCAGACUGAUGUAUUUGCCAGACUUAAGAAUAUCAUAGUUAUGAAUGUCGAUUCACUGUCCAUUCACAAAAAGGCGGUCUCUAUUUUGGGAGAUGAAGUCUUCCGGUUCCAGAUGAGUCUGUAUCCAGAUGCCACAGAAGGAGAGAAUUAUGGCGAUAUGUCUAAAGUGGAUGGCAGACUUAGUCUUAAAGUGGGCUGUAUUCAGAUUGUCUAUGUUCAUAAGUUCUUCAUGUCUCUCUUGAGCUUCCUCAACAAUUUCCAAGCUGCCAAGGAAGCCUUGAGCACAGCCACAGCCCAGGCCGCAGAGAGAGCUGCAUCCAGUGUGAAGGACCUGGCCCAGAAGAGCUUCCGACUUCUGAUGGACAUUGAUUUGAAAGCACCUGUCAUCACUAUUCCCCAGUCUUCUGUGUCACCUAAUGUCGUUAUUGCAGAUCUGGGCCUGAUCAGAGUUGAGAACAAGUUUAGCUUAGUUUCUGUGGAGCAGCUCGCCCUUCCCCCAGUGGCCGACAAGAUGAGCAUUCAGCUGACUCAGCUGAAGCUGUCCAGAACUGUUCUACAGGCUGACUUGCCUCAGCAUGACAUUGAAAUCUUAAAACCAGUGAACAUGCUUUUGUCAAUACAGCGAAAUUUGUCGGCAGCGUGGUACACACAGAUUCCAGGCAUGGAGAUAAAAGGGAAGCUUAAGCCUAUGCAGGUUGCUCUCAGUCAAGAUGACUUGACAGUUUUAAUGAAAAUUCUGCUGGAAAACCUUGGGGAAGCUUCCUCACAACCAAGCCCUACCCAGUAUGCCCACGAGGCUGCAAGAAUGAAGAGAGAUGCUCGGAGUGGGCCUGACUAUUUUAAAGAACAAGAGCUGAGUGACCCAAAGCCCCCCGGGGACCGGACUGUCACUCUUCAGUUUGAUUUCCACUUUGACUCUCUUUCCAUCAUCCUUUACAACAACAGUGAGAGCUGCCAGGAGUCCGGGCUUUCAUUUCAUAAUGACAGUUUCCGUCUGGGUGAGCUCACACUACACCUGAUGGCUUCGGCUGGGAAGAUGUUCAAGGAUGGGUCUAUGAAUGUCAGCCUUAAACUUAAGACGUGUACUCUUGAUGAUCUCCGAGAAGGAAUCGAGAGAGCAACAUCCAGGAUGAUUGACAGAAAGAGUGACCAAAACAACAACAGUUCUAUGAUUGAUGUGAGUUAUAGCCAAGAUAAAAAUGGAAGCCAGAUCGAUGCUGUCCUUGACAAGCUGUAUGUGUGUGCCAGUGUGGAGUUUCUGAUGACUGUGGCUGAUUUCUUCAUCAAAGCUAUGCCUCAGAGUCCAGAAAACAUUGCAAAAGAAAUACAGAUUCCAUCAAGACAGGCUGCCGCAGGAAGAGUCAAGAUGGAGAAAGAUGACUCUGUGAGGCCAAAUAUGACUCUGAAGGCCAUGAUCACAGACCCAGAAGUGGUGUUUGUUGCCAACCUGACUAAGGCCGAUGCUCCUGCUCUCACAGCCUCAUUCCAGUGCAACCUCUCCCUCUCAACGUCCAAACUCGAGCAGAUGAUGGAAGCUUCUGUGAGAGACCUGAAAGUGCUUGCCUGCCCUUUCCUCAGAGAAAGGAGAGGGCAGAGCAUCACCACGGUAUUACAACCCUGCUCUUUAUUUAUGGAAAAGUGCACAUGGGCUUCAGGGAAACAAAACAUAAACAUUGUGGUUAAAGAAUUCAUAAUUAAGAUCUCACCUAUAAUCCUUAAUACUGUGAUGACAAUCAUGGCUGCUAUGUCUCCAAAGACCAAAGAAGAUGAAUGGAAAGACACUGCUAAGGAGACGGAUGAUCUCUGGGCUGUCAAAUCUAUUACUGAUUAUAACUCUUGGUUUCUCGGGGUUGACAUGGCAACAGAAGUAACAGAAAAUUUCAGAGACUUUGAACAUCCAUCAAUAGAGGAAAAUUGUGUGGUUGCUGUGGAGUCAGUUCAAGUCACCUUAGAAUGUGGCCUUGGGCAUCGCACCGUGCCCCUGUUAUUGGCAGAGUCCAAGUUCUCUGGAAAUAUUAAAAACUGGACUUCUCUAAUGGCUGCUGCUGCUGACAUGACACUAGAGGUUCACUAUUAUAAUGAAACCCAUGCCGUCUGGGAGCCACUGAUUGAAAGAGUGGAGGGGAAAACACCAUGGAGCUUAAAGCUUAACGUAAAGAAGAGCCCAAUCCAGGAUAAAAGUCUGAUGCCAGGAGAUGAUUUUAUUCCUGAGCCACAAACCGCAGUUCAUAUUUCUUCAGGAGCUACGAUGAAUAUCACAAUAUCCAAAAGUUGUCUUAAUGUUUUCAACAAUUUAGCAAAAGGUUUCUCUGAGGGAGCGGCUUCUACUUUUGACUAUUCUCUGAAAGACAGGGCUCCUUUCACAGUCAGAAACGCCCUGGGUGUUCCGACGAAGGUGCAGCCUAAUCGAAGCCUCAGGGUGGCAGGUUCCCCUGAGAAGACCGACAUUUAUGAUGUGGGUGCUGGUCAGUAUUUGGAGCUGGACUAUGCCAGCCUGGAGCCUUCGCGUCAAGGAAAGCUGUCAGUCCUGAGCCGGCAGGAGAGCACGCUCUUUACACUGACCUUUGUACCAUAUGGUUAUACAGAAGUGGCUAGUGUUCCUGUUGCCAGGCCUGGCCGGAGAUUGUAUAAUGUGCGGAAUCCCAGUGCCAGCCGGUCGGAUUCCGUGUUGGUGCAGAUUGACGCAACAGAAGGCAACAAGGUCGUCACUCUCCGCUCGCCUCUGCAGAUAAAAAACCACUUCUCGAUAGCAUUUAUCAUCUACAAAUUUGUCAAGAAUGUUAAGCUGUUGGAGCGCAUUGGAAUAGCUAGCCCUGAGGAAGAGUUCCAUGUCCCUUUGGAUUCCUAUAGAUGCCAGUUGUAUGUUCAGCCAGCUGGCGGCUUAGAGCAGCAGUAUACUCAGUCUACCACGUACAUUUCCUGGAAGGAAGAGCUUCACCGCAGCACGGAGGUCAGGUGCAUGCUGCAGUGUCCUGCAGUAGAAGUCAGCUUCCUACCACUCAUCGUCAACACAGUCGCCCUGCCCGAUGAGCUGAGCUACAUCGGUGCCCACGGGGAAGACUGGGAUCCGGCCUACAUUAUUCAUCUGUACCCUCCUCUCACCUUGCGGAACCUUCUCCCGUAUUCAUUAAGAUAUUUACUUGAGGGAACUGCAGAAACUCACGAGCUGGCAGAAGGCAGCUCUGCUGACGUUCUGCACUCGCGAAUCAGUGGAGAGAUCAUAGAGCUAGUGCUGGUGAAAUACCUGGGCAAGAACUGGAAUGGACACUUCCGCAUUUGUGACACACUUCCCGAGUUCUUCCUCGUCUGCUUUUCCUCAGACACCGCGGAAGUGAUGACAGUUGACCUGUCAGUUCACGUCAGGCGAAUUGGCUGCCGAAUGGAGCUGUCUGUCUUUAGUCCCUAUUGGCUAAUCAACAAAACUUCUCGGGUUCUCCAGUAUCGCUCCGAGGAGAUACAUGUUAAACACCCAGCCGAUUUCAGGGACAUCAUUUUAUUCUCUUUCAAGAAGAAGAACAUUUUUAGUAAAAACAAGGUACAGUUAAAAAUUUCAACCAGUGCCUGGUCUAAUGGUUUCUCACUGGACACCGUGGGGAGUUAUGGGUGUGUGAAGUGCCCUGCCACCAAUAUGGAAUACCUGGUCGGGGUCAGCAUCAAAAUGAGCAGCUUUAACCUCUCUCGCAUUGUCACUCUGACUCCCUUCUGCACGGUUGCAAACAAGUCCUCUCUAGAACUGGAAGUUGGAGAGAUUGCUCCAGAUGGUUCCAUACCAACCAACAAAUGGCACUACGUUGCUUCUUCAGAGUGCAUUCCAUUUUGGCCUGAAAAUUUGUCUGGCAAGCUUUGUGUGAGAGUGGUGGGCUUCGAAGGCUCUUCCAAGCCAUUCCUUUACAAUCGACAAGACAAUGGCACUUUAUUGAGCUUAGAAGAUCUGAAUGGAGGUAUCUUGGUGGAUAUAAACACUGCUGAACACUCAACGGUCAUAACCUUCUCUGACUAUCAUGAGGGAUCUGCACCUGCUUUGAUAAUGAACCACACACAGUGGGACGUCCUCACGUAUAAACAGAGUGGGUCACAGGAGGAACUAGUAUUGCUGCCAGGACAAACUCGACUCUUUGCCUGGGCAGAUCCCACGGGCACCAGGAGACUCACUUGGAACUAUGCGGCUAACUUUGGGGAGCAUGAUCUCUUAAAGGAUGAGUGUGGUCAGUUUCCAUAUGAUGCGAACAUCCAGAUACACUGGGUGUCCUUCCUUGAUGGGCGCCAGAGGGUUCUGCUUUUCACAGAUGACGUGGCUUUGGUUUCCAAAGCACUCCAAGCCGAAGAAAUGGAACAGGCUGAUCACGAAAUAGCCUUGUCGCUCCACAGUCUAGGGCUCUCUCUGGUUAACAAUGAAAGCAAGCAGGAAGUCUCAUAUAUUGGAAUCACCAGCUCAGGUGUUGUUUGGGAGAUGAAGCCAAAACAGAAAUGGAAACCAUUUAGUCAGAAGCAGAUAAUGCUGCUGGAGCAGUCCUAUCAGAAGCAUCUUGCAUCACAAGACCGUGGCUGGAUUAAGCUGGAGAGUAACUUUGAGGUCAAUUUUGACAAAGUUCCAAUGGAAAUGCGUCUUCCUAUCCGGUGCCCUAUUAAACGGGACUUCUUAUCUGGGAUACAGGUUGAGUUUAAGCAGUCUCCUCACCAGAGAAGCCUAAGGGCCCGGCUAUACUGGCUCCAGGUUGAUAAUCAGUUACCAGGCACAAUGUUCCCAGUGGUAUUUCAUCCCGUGGCUCCUCCUAAAUCUAUUGCUUUGGAUUCAGAACCCAAGCCUUUCAUCGAUGUGAGUGUAAUUACGAGGUUCAAUGAGUACAGUAAAGUCUUACAGUUCAAGUAUUUUAUGGUUCUCAUCCAGGAAAUGGCCUUAAAGGUUGAUCAGGGGUUCCUCGGGGCUGUUAUUGCUCUGUUUACCCCUACAAGUGAUCCUGAGGCUGAAAGAAAACGGACAAAGUUAAUCCAACAAGAUAUUGAUGCUCUCAACACAGAGUUGAUGGAGUCUUCAAUGACUGAUAUGUCAAUCCUGAGUUUCUUUGAACAUUUCCACAUUUCCCCUGUUAAGUUACAUUUGAGUCUGUCUUUGGGAUCUGGAGGUGAGGAGUCAGACAAAGAGAAACAGGAAAUGAUUGCAAUUCAUUCUGUGAACCUGCUGUUGAAAAGCAUAGGUGCCACUCUGACGGAUGUGGAUGACCUCAUAUUCAAACUUGCUUACUAUGAGAUUCGCUAUCAGUUUUACAAGAGAGAUCAGCUCAUGUGGAGCGUCGUCAGACACUACAGUGAACAGUUCUUGAAGCAGAUGUAUGUGCUUGUAUUGGGCUUAGACGUGCUUGGAAACCCAUUUGGACUGAUCAGGGGCCUGUCAGAAGGAGUUGAAGCACUGUUCUAUGAGCCCUUCCAGGGUGCUGUCCAAGGUCCUGAAGAGUUUGCUGAAGGAUUAGUGAUUGGGGUGAGAAGUCUCUUUGGACACACUGUAGGUGGUGCAGCAGGAGUUGUAUCUCGAAUCACCGGUUCUGUUGGGAAAGGCCUGGCAGCGAUUACAAUGGACAAAGAAUAUCAGCAGAAGAGAAGAGAGGAGAUGGGUCGACAGCCUAAAGAUUUUGGAGACAGUCUUGCCAGAGGAGGGAAGGGCUUCCUGCGUGGAGUUGUUGGAGGGGUGACUGGAAUAAUAACAAAGCCUGUGGAAGGUGCCAAGAAGGAGGGCGCUGCCGGCUUCUUUAAAGGAAUUGGAAAAGGGCUUGUGGGUGCUGUGGCUCGGCCAACUGGCGGGAUCAUAGAUAUGGCUAGCAGCACCUUCCAAGGCAUUCAGAGGGUAGCAGAGUCAACUGAGGAGGUGUCCAGCCUCCGCCCACCUCGCCUGAUCCAUGAAGAUGGUAUCAUCCGUCCAUAUGACAGGCAGGAAUCUGAGGGCUCCGACCUACUAGAGAACCAUAUCAAGAAGUUGGAGGGCGAGGCCUACCAGUUCCACUGUGCUGUUCCUGGGAACAAGAGGGCUGUCCUUAUGAUUACAAACAGGCGAGUACUGUUUAUAAAGGAAGUUGAAAUCCUAGGCCAUAUGUCUGUGGACUGGCAGUGUCUGUUUGAAGAUUUUGUGUGUCCUCCUGAAGUCAGUGAAAAUCUGCUGAAGAUUUCAGUUAAGGAGCAGGGUCUGUUUCAUAAAAAAGACAGUGCCAAUCUAGGCUAUCUUCGGAAAAUUUACCUGAAGGAUCCCGUCACAGCCAAGAGAGCCUUUGAUGCCAUUGAGACUGCACAGUCAGCAAGGCAGCAGCAGAAGCUGAUGAGGCAGUCUUCAGUGAAGCUCCUCAGGCCCCUGGUUCCAUCUUGACCAUGGACUUUACAAGGCUUCUGAGAGAGAAACAGUCGCUUCAGAGGUCCAGCUGAAGAGAACAUUUCUAACAAUUCCUCAGUUCUGCUUUUUUUUUUUUUUUUUGACUCUUAAUUUUGAGUCUUGGUUUUGCAAUUCUGCAUAUAUUAGGACUCUACUGCUACAUGUGUAGGUCAGACCUCAAAGAAAGACCAUUUCGGCUCGGAGAGACUUGUUCAUUAAUAUUAAAAUUGUGAAGCAAAGAGUGGUGGGCUUGUUUUUAAUUAGUCUUUACUGAAGAAAGAAGAUUUUAAAACAAGUAGUGUUCUUCAAAAGGUUUUAGCCAGACAAAUAGUGGACAUUCUGACAUUUGUUUAAAGGUAAUUUGUGCAAUAAUUGAACUAAGAGAACACUUUUUGUAAACCAGUCAAUUGACUGAAGAAAUGCACCUACAGGAGAGAUGGUGCAUUGUCUGUGUUCUUUUUAUGAAAA